AUGGCGACAAUUGGAGAUUUCGACCCGCUCAACUCAACGGUACCUGCGACCAAGAUUGAAGUUACCGUUUCGUGCAGGAGCCUGCUGAAUAUGGACACUUUCUCCAAAUCAGACCCUGUUGUAGUGUUGUACGUUCAAGGCAUCGGGACAAAGGAGUGGAGAGAGUUUGGCCGAACGGAAGUGAUUGAGAACACGCUGAACCCGGACUUUGUGCGGAAGUUUGUCCUGGAUUUCUUCUUCGAGGAGAAGCAGAAUCUUCGCUUUGAUGCGUACAAUGUGGACACCAGAAGUUCAAACAUUUCAAAACAUAAGGACUUCCUGGGCCAGAUGUUCUGCACUCUGGGGGAGAUCAUCGGUUCCACAGGCAGUCGGCUGGAGAGAACCCUCUCUGGGAUCCCAGGGAAAAAGUGUGGGAACAUCAUAUUCACCGCUGAGGAACUGAGUAACUGCAGGGACAUUGCUACCAUGCAGCUGUGUGCCAACAAGCUGGACAAGAAAGACUUCUUCGGCAAGUCAGACCCAUUCCUGGUCUUCUACCGCAGUAAUGAAGACGGAACGUUCACCAUCUGCCAUAAGACGGAGGUGGUAAAGAAUACUCUGAACCCUGUGUGGCAGCCCUUCACCAUCCCUGUACGAGCCCUCUGUAACGGAGACUAUGACAGGACAGUCAAGGUGGACGUGUAUGAUUGGGACAGAGAUGGAAGAUGCUGCAGGUGUUUCUCUCGCAACUAUUCCCACAGUCAUGACUUCAUUGGCGAGUUCACCACCAGCUACAGAGAAUUCUCCAGAGGCCAGAGCCAGUUCAACGUCUAUGAGGUUCUAAACCAUAAAAAGAAAGGCAAGAAGAAGAAAUACAUCAAUUCAGGGACAGUCACACUGCUGUCCUUUAAAGUGGAGUCAGAAUACACGUUUGUAGACUUCAUCCGGGGGGGGACGCAACUCAACUUCACAGUGGCCAUCGAUUUCACAGCGUCUAAUGGUAACCCAUCCCAGCCCACCUCUCUGCACUACAUGAGUCCCUACCAGAUGAAUGCCUACGCAAUGGCCCUGAAGGCUGUGGGGGAGAUCAUCCAGGAUUAUGACAGUGACAAGAUGUUCCCUGCCUACGGCUUUGGAGCAAAGCUGCCCCCGGAUGGCAAGAUCUCCCAUGUCUUCCCACUGAACUCCAACAGUGAGAACCCAAACUGUGUGGGUAUCGAGGGAGUGUUAGAGGCCUACUUCCAGAGUCUCCGAACUGUUCAGCUCUACGGGCCCACCAACUUUGCUCCUGUCAUCAACCAGGUGGCACGGUGUGCUGAGGAUGUGACUGACGGAUCCCAGUACUUUGUGCUGUUGAUGAUCACAGACGGAGUCAUCUCAGAUAUGGUGCAGACCAAGGAGGCUGUGGUCAAUGCUGCCGCUCUGCCCAUGUCUAUCAUCAUAGUGGGAGUGGGUCCUGCUGAGUUUGAUGCGAUGGAGGAACUGGAUGGUGACGAGGUCAGAGUGUCCUCUAAGGGGCGCAUUGCCGAGCGAGACAUAGUCCAGUUUGUACCUUUCCGGGACUACAUAGACCGCCAGGGCAACCAGGUGCUGAGCAUGGCACGGCUGGCCAAGGACGUGUUGGCAGAAAUCCCUGAGCAGCUGCUGGGUUUCAUGAAGACGAGGGACAUCGAGCCCCGGCUCGCCUCCUCCACCACCACCCCGCCAGGACUCCACAAGCUGAGCAUCUGAGAGAGGGGUUUGGGUGGGGGUCUUUGGUUCUUGGGUUUAGAGACAUUGUUUGGACCAUUUUCAGUUGCAGCAAAUACCUGAAGAGACACACACUGAAGCCGUUGGGGUACACAUACGCACGCACGAACGCACGAAUGCACGCGCACACACACACACACACACACACACACACACACACACACACACACACACACACACACACACACACACACACACACACUGCAGUAGCGAUUUCCUGUCUGGUGAACACCGCCAUGCUGUGAUGUAACAACUGUACAGCUUAACAAGGGUCAAAUGGAGCAUGACCUUUGGAGUGAGAACUGUUGGAACUGCUUCCGUGGUUGCCAACCCCUCACUGACCCCUUAGCUUCUUUUUAUAUGCAGGGGUCAAGGAACAGUCACCGUUAAACGUUGUAAAAAGCAAGAAUUUGUGGGUUUCUCAACAGACAGAAAGAGCGAUCGAUGUUCACCUUUUUUCCUAUGCCUCACUAGCCACGCAUGCAAUGAGUGUUUCAUUCUCACAUCUUUUGUGGUCCAAAACAGAAACAAAUUGGCCACUUGGGUUGCAAUGGCAGUACUUUACUUUGUCCACUCUCUGGCCAAUGUAUAUUUCCAUGUGUAUAAUGACACUGUACAAACAUUGAAGAAAGUGGGACAGCCGGUUAAUAUCCAAAACAAGUGAAAGGCACAGGAAGUCUAUUCAUGUUUGGUUUCUUCUCAGGGCAUUUCUGAAAGCUUUUGGAUGAGUUUCGCAAAACAAGGGAGACGGUAACAAGAUGGCGUCUCUGGACGGUUGAGGUCUCAGCCUCGGCAUCUGGAGUCAUUGGGUGUUUCUCAAAAUGCAUACUACCGUGCUCCGAGCACGCAAAUUGGAGCACGGGAGGGUCAGAGUAUGAGUUGAAGUCAAAGUAUGCGAAACGGAGCACAGAGGGCACUUCUGGAAUGUGUACUCCAUUUGUACUUAUUUUGAAGCUUGCAUCAAUGCAAGCUUCAACGGAAAGUAUGCAAAGAAAUAUGAUGCAACCACGUAAAAAAUGACAAAAUGUAUUGAAAUCAAUGGUGGCCAUUA